AUGUGGGCCCGGGGGGACCAUUACGAGUUCUCCUUCCUGCGCCCUAUUCCCCUCAAGAUGAAGAGCCCUGACCCUUCCCUGUCUGCCCCCCUGAUGGGGACCCCAAGGCAGCCAAAGUCAAGGACAGCUUCUGAAACCGCACAUUGGCCCCCCCUGAGUGGUGUCUUCACCUCCCGCCCGCUCACGCUCUUGCCCUGGUGGUGGACUCCACCUGAGGAAGCUCACCCAGCUCGAGACUUCUACAAGAAAAUGCCAGAGGCUGCAAGCAGGGUGGGUGAGCUUCUGGACGAGCUGGACCUGGGCGUGGACCCCCCAACUCCUUCCACGUGUUCCGGACAGACAGCAGAGAGCAUCCAGGGGCCCACACCGACAAAGGUGCUGUGGGGAGGAGCCUGGUUCUGCACUAUGGAGCUCCUGUACCACCUGGGGAGGGCCCUGGCUCUGUGUGGCCAGACCCAGUGUGAGGUCAUCGGAGAUGCCUUCUCUGUGGGCCGCCAACCGCGUGUCUCCACUUUCCAGGACCAGCCUCUCGGACAGCCCCAGUGCAGGCUGGAGAAGACCCUCAUGUCCUGGGGCUGGGAUGAGAACAUGCCCCGGAUGAUGGAGUUCAGCAAGUUCUUCCUGCCCUCCGAGGCCUUCUACAUGAUCCGCGCUCACACCUUCUACUGAAGGCGCGUGGGCAGCAACCACCCGCAGCUGUGUAGCCAGCAGGACCUGGGUGUGCCGCCCUGGGUGCCGGAGUUCAAGUUUCAGCUGUGUACCAGGUGCCCCAACCUGGCGGCCGACAAGCUGAGACCCUGCUACCAGGGACUCACUGGCCAGUCGUGUGCAGCUGCGCUGAGCUGCUGA